AUGGACUCGGAGGUCAGUGGGCGCCUGCAGUGCGUGCUGCACUACGCGCUGCAGCAGCGGCUUCUGAGCUCAGCUCUGGGUGUCUGCAGCAGGGGUUGCUUCUACAACCGCAGCAGCAGCAGCAGCAGCAGCGCGUUUGUCUUGUGGCGUGCCGUAGCUACAGCCCUUGACUACCGUCCCCAGCAGGCAGUGCUGCUGCUGCAGAGCCUCGAGCAGCAGCAGCAAAAAGAAGGCAGCAGUGAGGGAGAAGCAGCAGCAAACUUCUGUCUGCAGCAAGUGAAGAAGGCCCUCAUAAGCCUGCAAAAAGGAGACAAUAAAGACAAGACAAUAAAACCAAUAACUCCAAGAGGCGCCUCCCUGAAGACGAAUACUCCUGCUGCUGCUGCUGCUGCAGCAGCAGCAGCAGCAGCAGCCAAGGGAUGCGAGAAUGACAGCGGACGGCUGCUCGCCGCCUCCGCCCUCACAUACCUCGGAGACUUUGAGGGCGCUUCUGCUGCACUGCAGGCCAGUCGCGCUGUUGUUGCUGCUGUUACUGCUGUUGCUGUUGCUGUUGUUGCUGCGGCUGCUGGCUGGCAGGCGGAGAAACUGUGGGGCCGCAGCACCCAACGGUGUGGCAGCGCUACAGCAGCAGCAGCAGCAGCAGUAGCAGCAGCAGCAGCAAGUGGAAUUCUAUUGGAUAUAUGCUGCCCUAUAAACUCUGUUUUGCUGCUGCAUGCGCUUAUCGUUGCUGCAGACUGUGGAGACGGAGACGGAAGAGAGCUGCUGCAUCGAAGGCUGGCUUCACCUGGAAGUGCAUGCAGCGCUUGUCAAGCAGCAGCAACAGCAGCAGCAACAGCAACAGCAGCAACAGCAACGGCAGCAGCAGCAGCAGCAGGAGCUAGCAGCAGCAGAGCGCUGCUUUCAAAGGUCGCAGCAGCUGAGUCUGCUGACGAGAGCAGCAACCCCUUCUCCUCGCUCUGUUCUUGGCGCAGCAGAAAUACACCGCAGGAGGAGACAGAGCCUCCUGGCUUUUUGUUUUGUUUGGAGGUGUCGCGAGCCAUUUGCGGCUGCUGGAGCUGCGUGUACAACAACAACAACAGCAGCAGCAGCAGGAGCAGUCACAGCAGCAGCAGCAGCAGGCGAGAAGAUGUGCUGGAGGAGACUCUGUCGCUGCUGCAGCAGGGGAGGGCUUUGCUGCAGGCUGCAAAGGAACCAGCAGCUGCGCAGCUGCUGCAGGAGUACACUCGCGAGACAGCGUGGCACUUGCUGCUGUGCGGGAGGCUGACGGAGGCGGAGAGUGAGUUUGUUGCUGCUGCAGCAGCAGCAGCAGCGACGCCGCAACAGCAACAAGCAGCACUAGAAGGCGUAGCACUAACCCGUCUCCUUCAGGCCAAAACAUCCCAAGCAGCGCAGCAGCUAAAGCUGGCUGAAGCCCUCACUGCAACCACUAACAGACGCAGCGCACUUCGAUCCCUGCUGCGCUGGGAGCUGAGAGGGCACCACAGCAGCAACAGUAGCAGCAGCAGCAACAGUAGCAGCAACAACAGCAGCAGCAACAGCAGCAGCAGCAGCAACAGCAGCAGCAGCAGCAACAGCAGUAGCAGCAACAGCAGUAGCAGCAACAGCAGCAACAACAGCAGCAGCAAUAGCAGCAACAACAGCAGCAGCACCAACAGCAGCAGUGGCCUCGCUGAGCUGGCUGCUGAAGUGCGUGCUGCAGCAGCAGAGUGGAGGGGACAGCUGCAGCAUGCAUGCGGAUUUGAACUGUAUGGGGCUUUGCAAGCCCCUCUAUGGGCCAUCGUUUGCUCCAGGCUGCUGCAUGCAGUGUCUCUUGCUGCAUGCAACCGGACCCCAGACGGAGACAGGCAAGCUGCUGCUGCUGCUGCUGCUUCUGCUGUUAUUGCAGUUGCGCUAAAGAGAGACAGUUAG